CAUUCAAUCUCUCACUUGUAAAGUCACAUUACGGAACUCUGUGCCAACUAUUGCAAACGAAGAAAACAAUUCCAAAGCCUGCGGGCAGGGAAGUCAGGUGACAAUCUUCAAUUUCGUCAGGAAGCUCCGCGAUUUUCGAUGUUAGCCUAAAUGAGCAAGGUUUGGUCUUUGUUUUCCACGGAACAUACUGUAGGGCCUAUUGCGGACUGGAAUACGGGGCAUGUGCAACCACGGCAUGCCUUGAGGCCCCCCACUGCUCUCUACUCAUCAAGAAUAGAACUGUCCCUCAAUUAGAUUCAUAAUCUAUUGCUAACAGCAAUGUCUCGACCGUAACGUGCGACCUCAAUGUCGAAACCUCUGUUAAAGAAUAGCAAACUGUAUUCGUCUACAAAAAGACAGACAAAGAUAGGCUACAUUCCCAUGUGAAUGUGGACCCUUCGCGCAGCACCGCUCCGGACACAUUUCGUGAAUUGCAGUCUAUAAUAGGACACCGCUACGCUGUUUGUGUUUGCGCAUCCACAAAGUGACCGGAGUAAGAUAUACACAGCGCUUUAAUGAGACGCUCUCCUUUUCGAGCGCGUGAGUCCUGCUGGAUUCUUUCUGCGGAACUACCAGUGCUAGGAAAUGGCAGACUGGCAAAGUACCUGGUCCCAGAGGUUCGGACCCUGCUUCCCUGCAGCUCCUGCUCGCUGGCGUACCGCAGCCUCUGUGCGCUGGUCGGUGAGAGUGACGGAGACUGUUCUUUUCGGCAAUGCAGUGACACAUCUUCAGGGAUAUUCGGCCAGCGUUUGGAGGACACUGUGCAGUAUGAGAAGAAGUUUGGCCAUCGGCUGGCUCCACUGCUGGUGGAACAGUGUGUGGACUUCAUACGGGAACAGGGUCUGAACGAAGAGGGUCUCUUUCGGAUGCCCGGACAGGCCAACCUGGUUAAAGAACUUCAGGAUGCCUUUGAUUGUGGGGACAAGCCUAUUUUUGACAGUAACACAGAUGUCCACACAGUGGCGUCCCUCCUAAAGCUGUACCUCCGUGAGCUUCCAGAGCCAGUCGUCCCCUUUGCAAAAUACCAGGACUUUCUCACCUGUGCUCAGCUGCUUGGCAAGGAUGAGGAAGAGGGAAUACAGGAGCUGAUGAAACAAGUGAAAUCUCUUCCUCAGGCCAAUUAUAACCUUCUGAAAUACAUAUGCAAGUUCCUUGAUGAAGUUCAGUCUCAUUCAAGUGAAAAUAAAAUGAGUGUCCAGAACUUAGCAACAGUGUUUGGACCAAAUAUCCUACGUCCUAAAAUGGAGGACCCUGUAACCAUGAUGGAAGGAACCUCUAUGGUGCAGCACCUUAUGACUGUCCUGAUCAGUGAACAUCCCCGGCUGUUUGUUUGCCGGGACAGGGAGGACCCAUUGGCACAGCUGGAGGUCAGGGCACAGGGCCUGCACAGCACAGAGGGAUGGAUCUCUGAAGAGGACCUCCACGGAUACCCCACGACAGAGAGGGGUGCCAACUCUGGCGAUGACCUGGAUGGAAGCUCCUCCUCUCUGGAUAUUGUUGCCACCAGACUGGUUCCUCAGGGAAGAGGGGAGGGGGAAUCGGAGGGGUCAGGGCCAGGGGCGGGACCAGGCGUAGUCAGCCCCAGCAAGCAGGUCAAAUCCCUCCCCGCCUGGAAGUACUCAUUCAAGGGCUCGGGCUCACGUUCCAACCCAGCUAAGCUGGGUCUGGGCGGCUCCACGGUGGACGUCUCCAGCACGUCGGGAGGAAACUGGCUGUUGAACGGAUUGUCCUCCCUGAGGGGCCACCGCCGUACGUCCUCGGGGGAGCGAGUCAGAGACUCAGGAUCAUCCCAGAGACUGUCCACUUACGACAACGUGACCUCAUCCAGCCUGAGUGUGCCCAGCGUGGCCAGCGCGCCCUGGUCCACCUCCUCCUGUGACAUCUCUGUGCCGGACUCGACCAGCGACCUCUCAGAGUCCACAGACUGCGGGGAGUCCGAGGGGGAUCGGGGCAGAGUCGAAGAGCGGACGUCAGAGACGGGGGACAGCAGCGAGGCGGGGCUGGAGCUCCGGGUCCCCUGCGGGGGGCAUAGCGAGAGCAGGGACGUGACCUCUGACCCUGUCGUGCCUUACAACGCUGACAACGGCCACUCGAAAGCACUUACCGAUCUGGUGGAGGAACUGAGGGAGGAGCUGAGGAUGCAGAAGCUAACCUAUGAGACCAGGAUUAGAAAGCUGGAGGAGUCAAGUGCAGCCCUACACGUCCAGAUGGAGAAGCUGGAAAAUGAGAUGGACCAGGAGAGGAAGAAGCAGAGGAUGCUGGAGAUCAAGCUGAGGAACUCGGAGCGAGCCCGGGAGGAUGCGGAGAACCGGAACCGUGUUCUGCAGGAGGAAAUGGAACAGUUCUUCUCCACACUGGGGGACCUGACUCUGGGUGCACGGACCAGCAACAUAUGAAAUCCACACUGACAAAAAUACCCUUAUGAAAAAAGUAGUAUAUGUAAAAUACAGUAGUAUGCGUUUCUAUUUAAUUGUUGCCAAUUUAAUAUGUGUAAUGUAAAUAUAGUUAUAAACCGUGGAAUAAAAUUGUAAAGCAUAUGCAUUGUAAGAUCUGUUCUACAGAGUAUGUGUUUCGUAUUACAGAUAGGAAAUUGGCAAUAUUUUAACUGAAUGGUCCGGUAUACAGUGAGGUCCAUAAGUAUUUGGACAGUGGUACAAUUUAUUUUGGCUCUGCUAUUGGAUUUGAAAUGAAACAAUGAAUAUGAGGUUAAACUGUAACCAUUAAUUUGAGGGUAUUUACAUCCAUAUCGGGUGAUCCCUUCUUAGAGAGAGCAUCCCUGCUUAGAGGACCAAAAGUAAUUGGACAAUUGGCUUCUCAGCUGUUUUGAUUAUACAGGUGUAUUCAAUUGUUUCCUUAGUACAGGUAUGAGCAAGCUUUCAGUAUCUCAUCCUGAAUCUAGGCUUUUGCCAUUGGUCAAUAUGAGGAUCAGAAUUGUGCCAUGAAAGUCACAGAAACCAUUAUGAUGCUGAGAAAUUAGAGGAAAUAAAACUCAGACAUAGGCGAAAUAAUAUGCUUACUGAAACAAACUGUUUGGAACAUCUUUGAAAAGAAAGACAGCACUUUGAGAACAUUAACAUGCCUUGAUUUGAUGAAACACCGUCCAAUGAGUUUGAUUGACGACAUUUGAUUGAACUUCGGCAGAUAAGAUGCUUCUUUACUCUUCAGAACACUGCAGCUAUUAGUAGUUACAUUAUCAAUGAAGGCAUAUGAGCCAGCACCAGUGGCAACCAUACAUGCCCAAACUAUGUUUCACAGAUGAUGGGGGUGCUUUGGAUCUUGGACUGUUCCUUUUGGCCUACACACUUUCCUCUUGCCAUCACUCUGAUACAAGUCAAUCUUGGUCUUAUCUGUCCACAAGACCCUUUUCCAGAACUCUUUUAGGUACUUCUUAGCAAGCUGUAACCUGCCCAUCCUGUUUUGGCAGCUUACUAGUAGUUCGCAUCUUGUAUUGUAGCCUCUGUAUUUCUGUUUGUGUAAGUCUUCUGCAGACAGUAGUCACUGAUACAUCUACACCUACCAAAUGAUGAGUAUUUCUGAUCUGGUAGACAGUUGUUUGGGGGUUUUUCUUCAUUAUGGUGAAUUUCUGGGCCAUCAACAAUAGACGUCUUUCUUGGCCUACCAGCCCCUUUGCAAUUACUGAGCUCUCUUUCUUCUUAAUGAUAUACCGAACAGUUUAUUUUGGUCUUAUCUUAUGUCUGUGAGUUUUUAUUUUAUUUCUCAUAAUGGCUUCCUUGACUAUCAUUGGCACAAUGUAGGUCCUUAUGUUGACGCCAAUAACAGACUCCAAAGUACUACUGUCCAAAUACAUACGGACCUCACUAUAUACUGUGUGUGUGCGUGACUUUUUUUAAGGGUACAGCAUGUUCAUCAAUGGCUGUUUUUGUCAUUGUUACUCCUGAUACUGAUAAGGUAAUUCCAUGUCAUUUUGUGAUAGCACCUCAGUCUUUGGUUUACAUCUACUCAUGAGCUGUAGACUUCUGGUAACGCUUUGAUGUUUUUUUUUGUUUGUAUUGAUUUGGUUUUGUUUUUUUACCUGAAAAGUAAUAUAGUGAGAUUUGGAUAUUUAUUGCAAAUAUAUUGUUGGCAUCAUAUGGCUUUCAUUUUAUGCGUAAAAGACCAAAGCAUGAUUCUACUAAACCAGACACACCCAGCUAGAACAGUAUUCAUGAUCAAUUUUUACACAUGGAACUGAUCCAGAGUGGCUUUUUGUUAAAAUACACAAACAGACACAGUCAUGCACUCUCAGAAUCAAACUCAUCAUUUGCCCCCUUUCUCUGAUAUAUACACACACAAGCAGUGUCUUGCCAUAAUAGUGCCUUCAAAGGAUUACUGCAUGUGGAACAGAAAAGGUUGUCUGAUUGGAAUAGAAUUCAUUAUCAGUCAGGAAAUUAUCUUUUGAUACUCAGUAGUAAUAGAUUUACCACUGCCUCACCUAUCUUACACUUCCCUCUCAAAACACCCAAAUCAUGCUAAUGUGUGGGAAUCCACAUACUAAAAUGUUCAAAAAGAUAAUGUACAUUAAAAAUAUUUAUUUUCAGUUUAUGUCGAUGUGUCAUAUAUUAAAGUAUGCUAUGUACAUUUUUUCCUACCUUCAAAUUUUUUGUUCAAUGCAUAUGUUCCAGAUUUUCUUUUCUUAUUUUACAGUAUUUGCGAAACAAGAAGAGUCUUUCAAUAAUUGCUGACUUUGGCCUAUUUAUUGUAAAUAUGAGAAUAUAUGGUGAAUUGUGGUAUAAGACUGAAAUGGUUUUUGACACAUAAUCCAAAUAAGAGUGGUCAUAUUGAUUGUCUAAUGAAGCAUAUCAUUGUGUAACUGUGGUCACAUUUAUUUCUGUCAUUUGGAAUGAGAUUGCAGAACAGUCUAGGGCCACUGACAUAAUUUGAUAGGUUGGCGUGAUCUAUGUGUGGAUAGUUUCUCGGAAUGGAAUUUGGGCAUGCAGAAAUUUGCAUCGGCUGCAAGUAGUGCAUACUCAUGUCGAUGUGAGAGCAGCAUAAGAACAUGUUCAUGUACUGACCUUUAUAAUUGACUCUCCACAAAAUGGUAGAACUUCAAGAGGUUUCAAGAGGUACUAACCUCCUACAAUUACAGAAAAAAAAAAAAGAGUACGCCCAGGCAUUUUCUUUGGCAAAAGGGGGGAUUCAAAUAUUACUACUGUAACCAGCUGUCCUAGAGUCUAUAGUUCUUUCAUUGAGUAACAUAAUAUUUAUUCUGUAAGAAAAGUCCAUUAUAAAAGUCCAGCAGGCAGCCAUUCAUAUGGGGUCAUUCUUUAACAAAGAUUCUGCAUUACCCUGCCAUUCUGCUGUGAGCAGUAUUAGUCAUUACCACAAACCUCAGGUGAUGUUAACCUCGAUAUUCUAACAGCCUCAGAAUGGGUUCUCAAUUUUAAUCCUCAUUGAAGGAAAUGGUAAUUGAAAAAUGUGCUGUUACAUGACAUACUUGAUUACUGAAGUGGUGUAAUAGGACCUUUUAAAAAAUUAAAAAUGUCAAAAACUCCUCAAUAAA